CUUUUAUUUUUGAAUGAAAUGACCGGAAACGUGUGUUAGCUUCAACUAGCUUUGUGCUAACCGUUUAAUUUCAUCCGCAGCCUAAUUAGAUCUGGGACGAACCCGUCUACCUGUGCAUUAUUAAACCGCCGGAACCGGUCUAUCCCAGGUUUACGGCCGACCUGUUUGUGGACCGAGUCAGAACUCUAUCACAGACACUCAGCGGCGCCGAACUGAAGGUUAGUUACCCUGUUAGCUGUUGGGCUAAUCCAGGAGAAGAAUGGACCUGUUCGACGACUUGCCAGAACCGACACAGACUUCCGCUCCAUCAGCCAUCACAGCUCAGCUGGAGACCGCUCCGGAUGAAGAGGAGGACAGAAGGUCAAAACGAAGACGAGAGGAUGUCGAGGAGGAGAAGAAGGAUGACAUCAAGAAAGUUUGUAGAGAAGGGCUCCCCAGGCUGAAAGGCUACGUGGCGGCGAGGCGUGGGGAACGCGAGGAGAUGCAGGACGCUCACGUGUUGCUGCCUGACAUGAGCAGCUGUCUGUCGUCGCUGCCGGGACAUGUGUCUCGUGUCUCAUAUUUUGCCGUGUUUGACGGCCACGGCGGAGCUCGGGCUUCUCGUUUUGCGGCUGAAAAUCUUCACCUGAAUCUGGCCAAAAAGUUCCCCACAGGAGACAAUGAGAACCUGGACAAGUUGCUGAAGAAGUGUCUGCUGGACACUUUCCGGCAGACGGACGAAGACUUCCUGAAGAAAGCAUCCAGCCAGAAGCCGGCCUGGAAGGAUGGAUCUACGGCCACGUGUGUGCUGGUGGUGGACGACAUGGUGUACGCAGCCAACCUGGGAGACAGCAGGGCAGUGCUUUGUCGGAUGGAAGCAGCGGCUGCAGAUGGACAGAAGAAGUUGGCCGCUCUGGCUCUCAGUAGGGAACACAAUCCAACCAUUUACGAGGAGCGGAUGAGGAUCCAGAGAGCUGGAGGUACUGUCAGGGACGGCCGUGUACUCGGCGUCCUCGAGGUGUCCCGGUCCAUCGGAGACGGUCAGUACAAACGCUGCGGAGUUAUUUCAACGCCUGACGUGAGAAGGUGUCAGCUCACAGCCAAUGACAGGUUCAUCCUUCUGGCCUGUGACGGUUUGUUCAAAGUGUUUUCAGCCGAUGAAGCCAUCAAGUUUGUUCUUAACGUCCUCCAGGAGGCCAGCGUGGAGCAGAAGGAUGAUCUGACGGAGGAGGAGCUUCGUUUUGAAGCUGCGUGUCAACAGUUAGCCAGCGAGGCGGUGAGACGAGGCUGCGCCGACAACGUCACCGUCAUCCUGGUUUCUGUCUGCCACUGAGCACGCCCAGUGUCAGUUUCAGUGAUCUGAGAUCUGCAUGUCUCAUUUGUUUUCAAAUAAAAUCUUUUUCUUUA